AACAGAAAUAAUAUUUAUUUGUAUUAAAAUAAGUAUAGUAUAACUAUUAUAAUAAUUAAUCACUGAUAUUGAAUUUAAUUAUUUUUUGCAAAAUCAUAAAUAAUAUUUAAUAGCUAUCUCAUUUUACUAGCUCGAGAUAAUAUUAAACCGUGAUAAAGGUAAUAAAUAACGGUUUUUUUUUUAUAUGAAUACAAUUACAGAAUUAUAUAAUGAUAGUGAUUAUAAGGUAAUUAAAAUAUUAAUUGAUAUUAUGCAAUUAGAGGUACGAAAUAUUGUAAUCAGUAACAUUAUGAUUAAACGGAAAUACUUUCAGUCCAAUCCUUUUUUCCUGUCACCUGGUAAUGAUAAAGCUCAAUGAUAGACAAUAAUAGUAGAUUAGAUUAAUCUCUCACAUGUUUUAUCGAUUAUAAAACGUAAUGAGUAUUCGUUUCGUAUAGACACUUUGGACCCUACUGUAUGGCUGACGCGUUUGCCAUCAUACCUUAUCGAAUUUAUUGGGUUCCAAAAAUUCCGUGAAAUUAUUACGUAUACUUAUGAAAGCAUCUUCAAUCGAAAGAAAAAAAAAUUGUGAAUUACAAAUUUUGUGUCUGAAAAGGUGACAACGUGCAAGGACUAAAAGGGAUGUUAUAAUAAGUUUUAUACAGUGAUACUAUGCAUUGUAAAUGAAUAGAAAUAUUAUAAGUGUAUAAUUUAUUAUUAACGUUAUCAACAAGUGUGUAAAAUUUCAAUGGUAUAAUUUGUUUAAAGGUUAAACUAUAUUGAAGUAAUUUUAAUAAUUAAAAUUGUGUAUUACGAUAUUGUGAUAUAAUAUAAGAAGAAUCUCUGAAUUUUAAUAUAAGAAGAAAAUGAAAAUGAGCGCAGAGGAAGUUACUGUAGUGCCGCCGGAUGGAAACUGGGGAUGGAUGAUCGUCGUAGCAUACGCAUUAAAUGGGAUAUGCACCGUAUCCCUCAUGCAAGGAUUUGUAUUAGUAUUCAAGGAUACGUUUCCUCUAUUUGGUUUCAAUGCUACAGAAAGUACAGUCAUUAUUAAUACUAAUUUAGCAUUUGGUAUGAUACUUGGAUUGACUAAUGGUCCACUGUUAAGGACUUUUGGAUAUAGAAAAAUGGCUGUUAUUGGUAGUAUACUUUAUAGUAUUGGAGUAUUUAUGACAACAUUUGCAAGAUCUUUUACUUUUCUUAUUAUUUCCUAUGGUGUAUUUGCCUCGUUGGGUACGACUAUAACGUCGUCUGCCUUUUCAUAUGCAUUAAAUUCAUAUUUUACGACAAAAAGAGGACGAGCAAUGUCCUUGGCAUUAACAAUUAUUGGAUUGGGCCCUAUAAUUGUACCUCAAAUAACUACGUUCCUCGUUUCAUAUUAUGGAUUUCAGGGCACAAUACUAUUGUAUGGAGCUUUCAGUUUACAUUCGUUAGUAGGUAGCUUGCUACUUCGCCCUCUCAAAUGGUAUGCGAAAAAUGUGACUAAUCAAACCGACACAACGAAUGAAAUACCAUCAAACAAUGACAAAGAAAAUAAAAUUAUAGAUGAAAAAACUACUUUACAAGACGAAGGAAGUUCAAAAGAUACGGAUAUAAGUGAUAAUUUACAAAAAAAAAGAAGAGUGACUAUUUCAAGUAUUGAUCAUGAUGCUGAAAUUGGAAGCAUAUAUGGAUUUGAUAUAUCCUAUAUUCGGCAACUAUCAGAAACGCCAAGUGAAAUAGAUGUAUAUCAAAGCACCGAAGAUUGCAGUAGAGUAGCAAAAGAACGAAAAAUAGCUCGUCUUAAUAAUCGCUUUAAAAGCAUUGAAACUAUUAAUCUUGGCAGUAGUGUGAAAAUUUUCGAAGGAAAACCUAGUUCCGUGAAAUACAGUAAUUUAAAUGGUUACGAGACGAACGAUUCUGUUAAGACAAAUGCAACAGAAAAUCAGACAUUGUUGGAAGAAAAUACUUUGGAUAAUGGAACUGAUAACAAUGAAAAACCUAAAAAGAAGUGGAGUAUACUAAGAAUAUUCAAAACGAUAACUGAAUUAUUUGAUCUCAAUCUAUUACGAGAUCCAAUCUAUGUAAAUAUAAUGUUGGGAAUGUCCGUAGCUAUUUUCGCUGAAAUCAAUUUCUCUCAAUUAACACCAUUUAUUUUAUCGGAUAUGAAAUUGUCGAACAACCAAAUUGCGACUACAAUGAGCGUUAUUGCUAGUGUUGAUUUGGUUUUCAGAACUCUUUCUCCCUUUGUUGGGGAAUGGCUUCAUCAACCACCUAGAAUAAUGUACAUGUUUAGUUUAUGCCUUUUGAUCCUUAGCAGAACAUCUUUAUUAUUUGCCGAUGGAUUUGUCUCACUAAUAAUAGUCGCUGUGGGAAUAGGAACUGCUAAAGGUUUUCGUUCAGUUUACAUGAGUCUGGUAAUACCAUCUUAUGUACCAAUUGACAGAUUACCGAAUGCAUCAGGAAUUCAAAUGAUCGUAAAUGGAGUGAUACUUCUUUCUGCUGGUCCAAUGCUUGGUGUAAUGCGUGACAGUAUCGGCAGCUAUACAUGCAGUUUAAUUACCAUAAAUUCCGCAACAGCACUCACAGUGAUAAUGUGGUCAAUAGAAAUAGUAAUUGUUAAAAGAAGAAAUUCAAAAACAAAAUCAGAACAACAAGAACAUUGUUGAUUGACAAUAAAAUCUAGUAAAUUUCA